AUGGUCGAGUUGCUCGGUGUCUGGCCCACCUUCACAAAGUCUAUUGAUCGCGCAGGCCAACUUCUCACUAAGAUUGGCAGUUCGUGGGAUCUGAGAACUGAAUUAACUAAGUCAAUACAGACUUCCCGUAUGGAGGAGCCAGAAAUUGCACAGCCAUUAUCCACUGCUAUCCAGCUUGCUCUUGUGGAUACACUAGCUGAGCUGGGUGUUCUCCCUUCGCUCGUUGCAGGCCACUCCAGUGGUGAGAUUGCCGCAGCCUACUGUGCCAAGGCAAUUUCCUUCGAGGACGCUAUUACUGUGGCUUACCACAGAGGACGUCUCGCUAGCGACCUCCGAAAGAGAGUGGUAGACCGCCCAGGUUCUAUGCUGGCAGUCGGGGCUGCUCCAGAGGUUGUUGAUGCAAAGAUUAGCGAGCUUGGGGAUGCAUCAAAACGUCUCGAGAUUGCUUGCUACAACAGUCCAUCAAGUGUCACAGUCUCAGGCGACGAUGAUGCUAUUGUGUCACUGAUGGAGAUAUUGAAUGCAGACGAAAUCUUCCACCGCAAGUUGAACACUGGUGGUGCGGCCUACCAUUCCCACCAGAUGAAGAUGAUUGAAAAAGAAUACUUUGACUCUCUUGAAGGAAUUAGAGCAGGAGUUACUGAUUCUUCAGUCAUCAUGGUAUCGUCUUUGACCGGAAAUGAGAUCAAAGAGACAUUAAUCGACAGGGCGUACUGGGUUCAGAACUUGGUCUCUCCAGUUCAGUUCGCGGAAGCCACUAAAAAACUGUGUCAAACCAAAUCUGGUUACAAGAGAGUCAACCUUAUUUUGGAAGUUGGUCCCCAUUCCCAGAUGAGAGCCCCCAUCAAGCAGACCCUGCGAACAUUGCGUGGAGAUAGAGAUGCUCACAGGUCAGGUUAUAACCUAUUAGCCACACUAUUUCGGAGAUUCUCUAGUUUCCUAGCCUGGUUAUCAAUGUAUUCACGGUUUUUUUGGCUUGUUUUCUUCUCAGUGCUUCACUUAACCGUACAGAAUGUGUCCUCCCCUUUUUACUAUUACUUUAUAACCCAAUCGAAUGUCAUUGCUUCGAUCCACGAGCGAGAUUCCUACACCAAUUACACUUUGUAUAUAGCAUCUGAAAAACCCACAACUAUCUUAAAAGGUUGA